AUCUCCACCUAAAAGCGAUAAUUGUAAAUUUUUACAUUUGAUGCAGCUCUUUCUAUUUUAACAGUCACAGCUAUUUCUAGCCUUUACGCCACAGCAGCCAAUUACAUGCGCUACAAAUCACGUCAUAUUUCAAACCGGUGUGUAACGUGAAGCGCCACCACGAGACAAAGCACACCUUUUGAGUAAAUGUAACCAGUCCGAUCCAAACGGCUGCACUGGCCCGUGGGCCUGGUUAAUCCUUGAGAGCUGUGCUGUUAGGGUUAAACAUCGUGGUAAGACGUGGCCCCUCCCUGCUCAGCUGGCCCCCUGGAUGUAACAGGAGCCGUGUGUUUUCCAUUCCGCCCUCGCCAUGGCUGCAUGGCUGACCCGGAGUGUGAUGCAAAGGAACUGGCUAUCUCCGUGGCCCAACGCCGUGGCCGGGGUCUGCCGCCGGGGGGUGGGAGGCCCGUCCUCCGCCGCCGAGGCCCUCUCUACAUCCCGGGACAAGCCUCGGACCGUGGAGGACCUCCCACGCGUCAGCUUUUUGGAGCUUCUUUACAGGAUGGCGUUUCAGGGUUUCUACAACCGUCUGCACGAGCUGCAGAUCUAUGAGAAGCAGCUUUACGGGCCCAUAUACAGAAACGGACUGCAGUCCGUUUCCCUCAACACUGCAAAGAUGCUGGAGGAAGUCCUGAGGAACGAGGAGAAGUUCCCCUCCAGAGGAGACAUGACGGUGUGGAAAGAGCAUCGUGAUUUGAGGGGAUUUGGCUACGGGCCUUUCACAGAGGAGGGAGAGAAGUGGUACAACCUGAGGGCGAUGCUGAAUAAGCGCAUGCUGCAUCCAAAAGACUCGGCACAGUAUGAUGGCGUUAUCAAUGACGUGGUUACUGACUUCAUGAAGAGGAUCUACUUACUGCGUCAGGGCAGCACAACGGGAGAUUUGGUGACAGAUGUGGCCAAUGAGCUCUAUCACUUCUCACUAGAGGGUAUUGCCUCCAUACUGUUCGAGACGAGGCUCGGGUGUCUGAACGAGGAAAUCCCUGCAGGUACACAAGACUUCAUCAACGCCAUAGCCCAGAUGUUCUCCAACAACAUGCCUGUGUUUGCGACCCCCAAAUGGAGCCGCAGUCUACUGCCCUACUGGGGGCGCUACAUUGCAGGCUGGGACGGUAUCUUCUUCUUUGCUAAAGGGUUGAUUGACAAGAAGAUGGAGGUCAUUCAGCAGCGUUUGGACAACGACCAGAACGUGGAGGGCGAAUACCUAACAUACCUCCUCUCAAACACUCAGAUGAGCACAAAAGACGUUUAUGGCAGCAUCGCUGAACUUCUAUUAGCUGGAGUGGACACGACCUCCAACACCCUCACAUGGACUUUGCACCUGCUGUCCAAGUACCCUGAAGCGCAGGACAGACUUUACGAAGAAGUGUCCACGUCGGUGCCGGCCGACCGGAGCCCCUCCGCUGCCGAGGCCACGCGGAUGCAGUAUUUAAGAGCUGUUAUUAAGGAGGCCCUGAGAAUGUACCCUGUGGUUCCGAUUAACGCCAGAAUCAUCGCAGAAAAGGAUGUUGUCAUUGGUGGAUAUCAAUUCCCAAAGAAAACCACUUUCACCUUUUGUCACUACGCUAUAAGUCAUGACGAGGACACAUUCCCAGAGCCGUUCACGUUCAGGCCAGAGAGAUGGCUCCGGGACGGCCGCGAGAGGCCAAACGCCUUCGCCUCCAUCCCUUUUGGCUUCGGCGUGAGAGGCUGUGUCGGUCGCCGGAUUGCCGAGCUUGAGAUGUAUCUGGUUCUGUUUCGGGUUAUAAGGCAGUUUGAGAUCAAACCAGACCCGAAUAUGGGAGAGUUGAAAUGCAUCAACCGCGCUGUUCUGAUACCGGACAAACCAGUGAGCCUACACUUUGUGGAGCGAGGAGGAAACGCAGCUUGAUUUUCUUUUAGCAGAUUUCUUCAAAUGAAAAUGUUGCGAAUUACUUUUUUUAAUGUAUGAGGAGAACGAGGCAGGUGUGGAACUUUUGGUAUAGCAAAUGCAAGUCAAUCUAAAAUUCGUAUUACUAUUUUAUACAAAAAUGUAUUUCCUUUUUGUAAUUUUCCCAAAAAAUGUGCAAUGUUACUUGCCCGUCAAUAUUUUGAAGCAACUUUCAAACCAGUGAGGUCUUGAAGGUCUGGAAUGUCUGCCUGUGAUAUCCAAUAUUUAAUGUCUAACAAGUGGCCCAUUAUUCACACGGACCGGAUCCUGCAGAAUGUAUAGAGGAACAUCGUGCUUUCUGAGAAUGAGUAUGGUUAUGUAGAUAAUAUAAUGUUCCAUUAAAAAGUUUGGACACACUUUCUUAGAAACUUUUGGCUGAUGAGAACAGAAAGAGUAAAAUGAUAUUAUGUUAUCAACAUUUUUCUGUUUCUUGCCUUGCACCUGUUACGUCAUUUUAAAUCAAAGUAGGCGCUGCAUUUCUAGAUUUCAUAAUUAAUGCCAACAUAAAUAGCACUUUUACCACGGAGGUAAGAAUAAUUUAAAUAUACAGAAAUUGUAUAUUAAUUGUCAUAGCAAAUUCAAUAUGCAAAAUGUGCACAAUAAAGCCAUGUAUCUUCUGUAUUCAUUACUAAUGCGCACAUUGCUGCACUUAAAUAAAGAAAACUAUGUAACAACAAA